AACUAGGUUGCUUGCUUGGCUCCAAACAUCCCAGAAACUUAUGAGCUACAUUUUGCUGUUCCAAUGGCUGGAGCAAUCCUCUCCAUCCUAAACACACACCAUGAUUCCGCCAUGGUGGCCGCGUUACUCACACGUUCCCAACCCAAGAUCGUCUUCGUGGACUACCAGUUUCUCGACAUUGCCAAUGGCGUGUUAAAGAUCAUGUCCGAGAAGGCCAUCCGGUUGCCCUGCCUAAUCUUGAUCCCAGACCCUCAUGAUUCCGUUUCUGGCAUGACAACAUACGAUUCGUUACUAGCGGAAUCGGAGAAUGAAGAUGAGUUUGUGGUAGUAAGGCCGGAUGACGAGUGUGACCCUAUAUCUCUCUGCUACACCUCUGGCACGACCUCGACCCCCAAAUGCGUUGUGUAUAGCCACAGAGGCGCGUAUCUCAACUCAUUGUCUUCGAUUCUGCUCACCGAGAUGAAAUCCAUGCCUGUGUAUCUGUGGACUGUACCCAUGGUCCACUGCAAUGGAUGGUGCCAGGCUUGGGCCGUCGCGGCCCAAGGUGGCACCAAUAUAUGUCUAAGGAAUGUGACAGCUGAGGGAAUAUUCGACAGUGUGGCCAAUCACAGAGUGACACAUAUGGGAGGUGCUCCCACCAUCUUGAACAUGAUCAGCAAUGCUGGUGCUAGUGAAAGAAGGCCUCUCCCGGGGAGGGUGGCCGUGAUGACAGGUGGCGCACCACCGCAUCCCCGGGUGCUAUCUGAGAUGGAGGAGCAAGGGUUCGACAUCACACACGCGUAUGGCCUCACAGAGACCUACGGGCCAGGGACCAUAUGCGCGUGGCAGCCAGAGUGGGACGCCCUGCCUCUUGAGGCGCGGGCGAAACUCAGGGCGCGACAGGGAGUGCAGCAUCUCGGGAUGGAAAAUGUCGAUGUGAAGGACCCUGUCACUAUGCAGAGUGUGGCUCGGGAUGGGAAGGCGAUGGGUGAAGUGAUGUUUAGAGGGAAUACGGUGAUGAGUGGUUACUAUAACGACAUUAAGGCGACUGAAGAAGCGUUUCGAGGGGGUUGGUUUCGUACGGGAGACUGGGGCGUUAUGUAUCCCGAUGGGUACAUAGAGGUGAAAGAUCGGUCCAUAGAUGUAAUCGUGUCUGGAGGGGAGAAUAUAAGCUCGAUAGAGGUGGAGGCGGUCAUCUUUAGCCAUCCGGCCGUGUUUGAGGCUGCUGUCGUGGGAAGGCCGGAUGAGGAUUUGGGCGAGACGCCUUGUGCGUUUUUGAAACUCAAGGAGGGUCAUGCUGCAACCGAGGAGGAGAUCAUGACCUACUGCCGCGAGAGGUUGCCUCACUACAAGGUUCCACGGACAGUGGUUUUCGAGGAUCUGCCGAAGACUUCUACCGGGAAGACGCAGAAGUAUGCGCUCAGGGCCAGGGCCAGGGCCAAAGCUAUUACGGAUCUUGUCUGAGUUACAGGCUCCAUUUCGAGUUUUCUUUGUCUUUGUCACUUCUUUUCCAUAAUGCAAAACGU